CUUGUUGUUCAGUGGAGAGUAAAUGGUUUAUACCACUUAUGUCUCGUUCUUAAUCAUAUCUUCACAUUUCGUGACCCUCGACGUGACUAAUAUGUCGACGGACAAUAAUGACAACAGCGCGGCCAUACCAGUGGAAUGACGACAUGUGUGCCAUCAUCAAGUUCUGCCGCCUAGAACGACUGCACAUGCAUAUAACAAGGGAAGCUGCUGUAAAUGGAGCAAAUCUUCUAAACGUGCAUCCCCUUUGAAAUAAUCUUUCACGGGGCCAACCUCGACGAGCUGUGUUCCGGUCUGGACUGCAGCGGAGGAUGCAGGUGCAACCCGGAAAAGGGCUCCAGGGGUCGUCCAGGGCCUCUCGGUGAAGUGGGUCAAAGUGGGCCAGAGGGGCCUCGUGGCAUCCCAGGUCCUUCAGGACCCAAAGGAGAGAAGGGUCAUAUUGGGCUGAAAGGACCGUCCGGCCCAAAAGGAGACAAGGGACCUAUGGGAGUACCAGGAUUCCAAGGAAAUGAUGGCGUGCCUGGUCACACUGGUCAGCAGGGUGGCAGGGGACCACCAGGACUGGAUGGCUGUAACGGAACAAGAGGGGAACCCGGCUCACCCGGCUUUGGCACAGGAGUGCCCGGACCACCUGGAUUGACUGGUCCUUUUGGGCCAAAGGGUCAGAAAGGAGACCCUCGAUACAUCACUGAUGGCGGUGACAUCACUGGUUUCCCAGGUGUUCCAGGACCAGACGGUCAACCUGGUUACCCAGGUCCUGAUGGACCAGUUGGCUUCAUGGGUCCACCAGGUCCUGAAGGCUUCUCUGGCCCCCCUGGUCCUCCUGGUCCACCAGGACCAAUGGGGAGUCGUAGUGAUGGAUAUCAAGGCGAGAAAGGAGACAAGGGAGAUGUGGGCCUUCCAGGACCCAGUGGUACUCCAGGCGACGGUUCACUGAGAAGCGAACAAACGCUUACUAUCUACAAAGGAGACAAGGGGGAACCUGGAUGGAAGGGGGUCCGUGGCUUCCCUGGAAACCGUGGUUCUCCUGGCCCUUUUGGUUUCCGAGGGGAACUUGGAGAGAAAGGCAUUCCCGGGUACCCAGGAGCAAGAGGUCCUCCAGGUUUUAACGGACCUCCCGGUCCACCUGGACAACAGGGAUACAGAGGGACUCCAGGAUUACCCGGGCAACCUGGAUACAUUGGACCCAAGGGAGACCAAGGAGAACCUGGAAUCCCAGGACCUCCUGCUUAUGUCAGCGGUCCUGGCACUUUUGUUCAAGGUCCACAAGGUGAACCAGGUUUUAAUGGGCUUCCCGGUAUCCCCGGUGACCAAGGACCUCCAGGGUUCCCAGGACCACCCGGCUCACCAGGAAUUGGGGGUUUCGGUCCAGGUCGUCCCGCCAGCCAGGGCUUCCCAGGGACCCCAGGUCCGAAGGGGGAGAAAGGUAUUCCCGGUAUACCUGGAUAUGGUUCUGAAGGAUUCCCUGGCUCCCCCGGGCUUCCAGGGUCCCCCGGCCCUCCUGGACCUCCAGGGCCCUCCAGCCGGCCCGUUGAGCCCUGCGUCAUCUAUCCCGAUGGUCCCGACAGACCCGGUACCCCGGAUGGUGGCCCUUCCAGCAUUCCCGGGCCUCCAGGGCAGCCUGGCCUUCGGGGACCACCGGGUAAUGUAGGAUUUAAAGGCUUCAGAGGUGAUCCUGGCGACUGCAAAUGUCUUGGAGGCGGCACCUCAGGCCUGCCCGGGCCUCCUGGAGCACCAGGUGCUAAUGGUAGCCCAGGCUUCACUGGACCAAAGGGUGAGCCUGGUGACAGCUCUUCACCUGGCUUUCCCGGCCCUCAGGGACCCCCUGGUCGUGCUGGUGAAAGGGGCUUCUUUGGCCGUAAGGGAGAAAAGGGAGAGUCUUAUUACCUUAACAUCGGCGUGGGGGUGAAGGGAGAGCUUGGAGCAACAGGACCCAGAGGACCCACUGGAGAAACCGGAAUACCAGGCAGGGACGGCUCACCUGGCUUCCCUGGACUGCCCGGCCCCCCGGGCGACACUGGCUUCGGCACGCUUGGAGAGAAGGGCUUCCCAGGAUUCCCGGGUGCUAAGGGUCAGCCUGGAGGACCUGGCGAGCCUGGCGUUGGCUUUGCGGGUACGCCUGGUUUCCGAGGAGAGCCUGGAGAGCCCGGUUUACAUGGGCUGCCAGGGACACCAGGUUUGCCUGGACCGAGAGGUGAAAACAGCUGUGGAGAGGUUAUUGACGACGGAGAGGGAACGGGCCAAGCGCUGCCCUGCUCCAUACCCGGCGGAGUAGGAGAUCCUGGUUUUCCUGGUGUUCCUGGACGACCAGGUCCCAAAGGUCAACCAGGCUUCUCAGUAGGCCCUGGACGUCCAGGGUUUGAUGGUGCCAAGGGAGAGAGAGGAGACCCUGGCUUUGGGGGACAGCCUGGACCACAAGGUUUUCCCGGUCCCAGAGGGGAUGCCGGAGUUCCUGGUAUUCCAGGACAGGGUUUUGAUGGGGGCAGAGGCAAGGAUGGUGUUCCAGGGCGCCCCGGAGCCAAAGGCCAGCCUGGCGAAGUCCUGGGUGCCACAGCGGGGCCUCCAGGUCGGGAUGGUUUUCCCGGAGUUUCUGGAGACAAGGGCCAACCUGGGACACCAGGAGGUCCUGGAUCACCUGGUCUUGACGGGCGCUCAGGUGUUCCUGGCCUUAAGGGGGAACGAGGAGUAGAUGGUCUUCCUGGGUUUCCUGGUACGCCUGGACCCCCCGGUGAACCAACAUUUGGCAUCCCGGGUCCACCAGGACCCAGUGGCAGCAAGGGCCUGAGCGGACCACCAGGUUUUCCUGGUAGAAAGGGUGAUCGAGGAGACCCGGGCUUCCCAGGUCCUGCUGGUAUGAAGGGAACCCCGGGACUGCCCGGCACACCCGGUUCUCCAGGACCCAGGGGUGCCCCUGGACUCGCAGGUCCAGGAACAAGAGAGGGAUUCCCAGGAAUACCUGGAAGGAAGGGCGAACAAGGUUUUCCAGGAGUGAUGGGCUUCCCCGGACUCCCAGGCCGCCCUGGAACACCAGGAUUUCCUGGAGGAAAAGGACUGGCUGGGGGGCCUGGAAGAGAUGGACUUUCUGGUGGACCUGGCUACCCGGGACAGAAAGGUGACCGAGGACUCCCUGGCCCACCGGCCCCUCCUGUUUCAAUAGCUGCACUAAGGAGAGGAGAACCUGGAAUCCCUGGAGGAAGCGGCCUUCCCGGCUUCACUGGAACAAGAGGUGACAAAGGUCUGCCAGGCCUGCCGGGUCGUCAGGGUCUGCCUGGACUUCCAGGUUUUGCUGAGCAGAGUAAAGGGCAGCCGGGACAGCCCGGUUUUCCUGGGCAGCCUGGAUUUCCGGCUGGCCCUGGGCCUAAAGGUGAAGCUGGAAUCAUGGGAUUCCCUGGCAUGUCUGGACCAAGGGGAGAUGAUGGUGCACCCGGGAUCCCUGGCAACCCUGGACAGCCUGGUCGCCCUGGUAACAAGGGUCAACCCGGAGAGUUUUAUGCUUAUCCUGGCGCUCCAGGACUCAAAGGGCAGCCAGGAGAGUCAGGAUUUCCAGGUGGGCGUGGCAACAAUGGUGCUCCUGGUAAUGAUGGCACUCCAGGAAGUCCGGGUUACUCUGGAGUGAAGGGAGGACCAGGAGAAGCUGGACGUCCAGGAAUAAUGGGUUCACCUGGGUUUCCUGGACCAAAGGGUCAGUCAGGAUUCCCUGGAAGUAGAGGGCCAGACGGGACCCCUGGUCUGCCUGGAGGCCCUGCAGGUCCUGGACCUAAAGGUCUUCCUGGAUCUCCCGGUUUGGAUGGACUUAAUGGGCUCCGUGGACCUAAAGGCCUCCCUGGAACGCCUGGUGCGAGUGGAGGAAGGCGACCCGGUACCCCAGGUUUUCCGGGAAUGAAGGGCGAGAGAGGCAUUUCCUACCCUGGAGCACCAGGUUUGCCGGGACAGAAGGGAGAGAGAGGAGAGCCAGGUGGUCCUGGACUCACAGGUUUUCCCGGUCGACCUGGCCCCCCUGGUCAGUCAGUAGGCUCUGACAUCCCUGGUCCACUGGGAGAUCCCGGCUUCCCAGGACUGGAUGGAGAGUAUGGUUUAACUGGUCCUCCAGGCCUUCCUGGACCACCUGGGCCAGGCACAGACCAGGGGGAUCGCGGUGAUUCUGGGCUCCCAGGUUUCCCUGGAGGUCCUGGCACGAAAGGAGAACCAGGGAUCCCUGGAGGCCCAGGACUCCCAGGCAGUCCUGGCUUCAAAGGACUACAAGGUGAGAGUGGAUUCAGCGGUGGUCCAGGUCUUAAAGGUUUUCCUGGUGACCCUGGUUACUAUGGAGGCAAAGGAGCCAAGGGAUUUCGAGGUCCUCCGGGUCCCAAGGGUCGGCCUGGUGUCACACUCCCAAGGAUACCUCAAGACUUUGAACGAACCUUUGGCGAUAGCGGCAUUCCAGGUGAACCUGGAGCUCCUGGCUUCACUGGAGAGCCUGGUCAGCCUGGAAUGCCUGGACGUCCGGGUCCAAAGGGUCGUCCUGGUUCUGUGGGUAAACUGGGCAGGACUGGUUCUGUUGGUUCCGGUGGACCAGUUGGUGACCCUGGUCCUCCUGGUUUUCCUGGAGCCAGUGGAGAACAAGGCCUUCCUGGUGCUGCCGGUCGGCCCGGCAAUCCUGGCUCGGUGGGCCGCAGCAUCAGUAUUGGUUACACUCUGGUGAAGCACAGCCAGAACUUGCAGGUCCCCAUGUGUCCUCAAGGCAUGGCCAAGUUGUGGGACGGGUACAGCCUGCUGUAUGUGGAGGGUCAGGAGAAGGCACACAACCAGGACCUCGGUCAGCCAGGGUCCUGCCUCCCCAGGUUCAGCACCAUUCCCUUCCUCUACUGCUCCCCCAACGAGGUGUGCUACUACGCCAGCCGAAAUGACAAAUCCUACUGGCUCUCCACAACUGCACCCAUUCCCAUGAUGCCUGUAGCCCAGAAUCAGAUACGACCUUACAUCAGCAGGUGUUCUGUCUGUGAGGCUCCAUCUCAGGCGGUGGCGGUUCACAGCCAGGACUUGACCAUACCCAACUGCCCUCCUGGCUGGAGGAGUCUCUGGAUAGGCUACUCCUUCCUUAUGCACACGGCGGCGGGGGCCGAGGGUGGCGGUCAAUCAUUGGUGUCCCCCGGCUCGUGCCUGGAGGACUUCCGCGCGACGCCAUUCAUUGAGUGCAACGGGGCAAAGGGGACCUGCCAUUACUUCGCCAACAAGUACAGCUUCUGGCUAACCACGGUGGACCCCAACCGUGAGUUUGUCUACUCGCCGGCACAGGAGACCCUGAAGGAAGGCCAAGAGCGCUCCAGAGUCAGCCGCUGCCAAGUCUGCAGCAAGGUCUUGUAGGAGAGGAAUUGAUAGCAGUCUUCAAAGAAAUGAAUACAAGCAAGAACACAUGACUGAAAAGGAGCCUCCUCUGCUUCAGGAUAGUUUAUAUUUGUGGUCCCCUUUAGGAAUGAAUGUCUUAACGGGAAGAGAAAUGACAUGUAUGGCGGGAGAGAAGGGUUACACUCUCCUCUAGAUUAUCACUGACAAUAUGGUGCUAUUGUUUGUGUUGUAUUGUUUAUAUUGUCUUUGCUCCUGUUACCAUUCCGGCUACCUCGGAGCGUGUGCCAACCGUUCCGCGAAGCACUGCGUCUGCAUCAGCUGAGUCUGCUCAGUUUUCCAAGCUGAUUUAACUGCGACAAAAAGUCCAUUCGUAGCCUCCGUUAUAAUGUCUAUUGCUUCUAAAAACUCUUUUUUUUUUUAGUGCCGUGGCUGUCAUUGAUGUGUACCGACACGUUUCAUUUGCCACAAACAGGACAACCCUGAAUUGUUUUUAUGUGACCAUGGCGACAGUAUUAUUUGGGAGAUGUUUGCCCUUACUUUUUUCUGUCACACAGCGCAGCACUUUUUCACUUUUUUCACAAGUCAUUUUCGACAGUUGUUUUUGUUUUUGGGGCAACAAGACAUAUUUACACAAUAGUUAAUGGCAGAAGAGAUUCAGGGCAAACUUGUCCCAGGUGCUAAAUGAACCUGCAUGCAAUGAGUCAAAUAAAAGCAGCACUUUUUCCACAAGAUCCCUCACACAGCUAGCCAGCACCAGUUAUGGAUGACUUGAAUGAGGCCACCAUUUCAUAUAUUUUGCACUGACAAUGUUUUGGAAUAAAUAUGAGAAACCAACAAACCACUUCCCGGGCUUUUAAUCUCUUUACACGAGGGGUGUCCAAACUUUUUCCACCGAGAGAUACAGAAAUAUUUGUACACUAAAGGUACUAAAACCAAUCCAGCAUAUGUUAGGCCAACUGAACAAAGCUUCUUAGCUUUGUGUUAUAGCUGAUAGAGCCAGUUGGUGUAAUAUCUAAUAAUACAGCUCAUUAAUAAUGAGUUCAUUUAAUUUUCAGAAUAUGUAGAAGGCCAAUAAAAAAAAGAGCUGGCCGAAAAUGGCCCUACAGCUGCAAUUUAAACACCCCAGCUUUACAGCUGUAAACCCUUUCCACUUUCACAGAGAAUGUUAAAUAUUGCUGUACAUAGAAUUUACUGUGUUUCCCUGCAUUUUUUUUUUUUUAAUUUUACCACAAACUCAGUAAUGCUUGUAGGUUAUUUGUUUUUUAUUGAAAUAUGAGUUUCUGCUUUUAAAUGUGUUUAUUUCAUCAUAAAUAUAAAAAGAUUUCAAACACAUAAAUGAAUCAAAUGAAUCCCUGUCUGGUGGAAGCUGCUUCGGGACUUGAAACCACUAUGACCAUAUGUCUUUUUCUGCAUUUGUUGUUUGUUUGCAUCUAGAAUGUAAUUAUUUUACUUAGGUCAUGAUACUAGCCCCUCUUUUUAUUUACCGGGAUGGGCCUGCAAUUAUGCUUAUAAUAAAUUUAAGAAACAAACAAAAAAAGCUUUUAGGACUAUGUUUUAUAUGGUUGGUUAAAAAUAUGUGAUGCAUCCAGUGCCAGCCUUAAUGGAAAAAUAAAUGUGGUUUUCCUCAUAGAGGACCCAUAACAAAAUAAAUCCUUUACUAGAGAUGUGUAUUUCUGUGCUCACAACACUUUUAUUUCAAAACAAUGCAGAAUGAGUUGACCCCAGACAGUUGAAGUGGAUUUUGGAAUGAAAUAUUUUUGUAUGUGUGAUCCUCAUGCUUGUCCGCUUGCGGAGAAUAUAAAGUGUGGUUUUAUGUGUUUUGUCAAAGAGAUUGAUGCUGUAUGCUGAGCUAAAACCAAAUUAAAACGGUAAAGUCAUGCCCCUCAA